UUUGCCAAUUUUUUAUCGUGGAAUUAUGUACUCGUAUGGUUUCAAAAUAAGACGUAUAGUAUUAACGAUGUUUGUUGUGUUGGGAAUAAUCACAACAGCUUGUAUAUUGCAACCUUUUAUAAUGGGUGCAAUUAAAAAAAAUGGAAUGCCAAAAGUAUUAAAAUUCGAAGCUUGGUUUCCAUUUGCUUUCAAUGAAACACCAAUUUUUCAAAUGAUGUAUUUCAUUCAAACUCUAUCAUCAUUUCAGUGUUUGAUGAUGCAAGUUUUACUUGAUGGAACAACAGUAUUUAUUGUUUUUCAUUGUUGUGGUCAAUUGACAAUACUUUGUAAAGUUGUCAGUAAUUACAAAGGUGUUUUAAAGCAUAAUAAUACUGAAGAAGUAUCAGUAGAAUAUUUUCAACAAAGUUGUUCAUGUACAAGAUGUAUCACAAAUCACUAUAUUUAUCAGGCAAUAUUUGUUAAAAAAGUUUCAGAUUUUUUUAGCUCUUAUAAUAUGUUACGAAUAAUGAUGAGUACUACUAAUUUUUGUUUGAUGGGUUACAUAUCUGUUCAGUCACGUGAAAAAAAUGAAGCAUCAAAUUUUAUACUUGAAGGAUCAUUUUUAUUGGCAAAUAUGUCAAGUUUUUUCGGCUGUUGUUGGGUUGGACAACAAUUAUUAAACAAGAAUGAAGAACUUGUUAAUGCAGUUCAUGAAAUUUCAUGGUACAAAUAUGAUCAUAAAUGUAUCUAUCCAAUGAUGAUGUUAUUGAAGAGGACAAAGCGACCAUUACGAUUAACAUGUGGAAUCUUUUUUACAUUGAGUCAUGAACUUUAUUCUGGGUGGGUAUCAACAGCUUGCUCUUACCUCUCAGUCUACAAUGCCAUGAAGACAUCGUCACAACAAUAAAAUAAAAAAUAAAAAAAAUUCAUUAUAUAUAUUUAAUAAUAAUAAUAAUAAUAAUAAUGAUAAAAUGAUAUAAGCGAAAGUAGACAGGUUUGUAUAUCUGGUAUCAUUUAUGCGAGAAUUCCUCCUCUAUCAAAGCAUUCAAUAAAUGUUAAUAAAAUAUUGACAAAUCCCAUAAAUAAAAUUCUCUUGUAACAAAUUUAACUUUAGCAUAUCAGUCUCAAUCUAAAUGUUAAUAUUAAUUAUAUUAAUAUAAAUAAUACAAUCAUGUUAAUAAUAAAAAACUUUCUCGACAGAUAUACAAAACUGUGCUAGCGAUAGUAACCAGAUAUGUUAUUUCUAUAUUGAAAUAAAUGAAAAAAAAUAAAUAUGAAAAAAUAAAAAAAAAUAAAAAAACACUUGACACAAUGUAAAUUAUAUACACAAGCAGCCAAAGAAAUUGACAUGCAGCAUUCAUUUGGCUACGUGACACUGAUAAAUUAUCUCGAGACAGAAAAGCUGUUUUGAUUUUUAUGAUACGUAUUUAAAGUUGAUAUGGGUCGAUCUUUUUAUCGAUGUAAAUCUG